AUGAAGGUGACGAUCAAGCGCUGGCACGGCGUCGCGACGUGGACGUGGGGCGUCGACGAAGAGUGUUGCGGCAUCUGUCGCUAUGCGUUCGAAGCGUGCUGUCCAGACUGCAGGAUGCCGGGGGAUGGCUGUCCGCCCGUGUGGGGCGCGUGCCACCACGCUUUCCACAUGCACUGCCUCGUCAAGUGGCUCGAGUCGCUGCAGUCCAUGCGUCAGCACUGUCCCAUGUGUCGGCAGGACUGGCAGUUUCGUAAUUAA